CCAGUAGGUGGCGAUAUUGCUUCACAUUUGUAUGCCGACUGUCUGUCACCCAAUCCAGCAAAGAAGUGGGGACAAGGAAGUAGAGGAGGUGUCAGGAUACUUGCACCUCUUUAUGUAACAAUGGAGUUUGCCGAACUGAUCAAGACCCCUCGUGUGGAUGGGGUGAUCCUCCACCGACCCUUCAUGCCCAAGGUGGAGGGAACUCUUUGUCUGACGGGACAUCACCUCAUCCUGUCCUCUCGACAGGACAACACAGAGGAGCUGUGGCUGCUCCAUGCCAACAUUGACUCGACUGAGAAAAGGUUUCUCGGGUCACUUGGAACUAUUAUUGUGAAAUGCAAAGACCUGCGAGUGAUUCAGCUGGACAUACCUGGCAUGGAGGAGUGUCUCAACAUUGCCAGCUCAAUUGAGGCUCUUUCAACGCUUGACUCUGUCUCCCUGAUGUAUCCAUUUUUCUACCGUCCUCUCUUUGAGGUCAUAGAGGAUGGAUGGCAGUUGUUCCGUCCAGAAGAGGUUUUCAAGGAUCUGGAGUCUAUGACAGAUGAAUGGAGACUAAGUGAGGUGAAUAAAGACUUCAGCGUGUGCCCCUCCUAUCCAUCCUUACUGACCGUGCCCAAAGAUAUUGAUGAUGAAACCCUCUGCAAAGCUGCUUCCUUCCGCCACGGUGGCCGGUUUCCUGUGCUUAGUUACUAUCAUAAGAAAAACGGCAUGGUGAUGAUGCGAGCAGGGCAGCCACUUACUGGAACCAAUGGCCGUCGCUGCAAAGAGGAUGAAAAACUGAUAAAUGCCACACUUUGCGUAGGGAAGCGCGGUUACAUCAUCGACACGCGGACGAUAGCUGUGGCACAACAGGCUAAAGCCCGCGGAGGUGGAUUUGAACAGGAAGCGAACUACCCACAGUGGAGGAGGAUCCAUAAAGCUAUUGAGAGGUCCAGCGUUUUUCAGGAGAGUCUGAUAAAGCUGGUGGAGGCCUGCAAUGAUCAGUCACACAGCAUGGACCGCUGGCUCAGCAAACUUGAGGCUUCCAACUGGCAAAGUCACGUUAAGGAAAUCCUCACCACCGCUUGCCUGGCUGCACAGUGUAUUGACCGGGAAGGGGCAUCGGUGCGUCAUGGCACAGAGGGCACAGAUUCUACACUUCAGGUGACCUCUCUGGCCCAGAUCAUCCUCGAUCCUGAAUGCAGAACCAUCCGCGGCUUUGAGACUCUGAUUGAACGAGAGUGGUUGCAGGCCGGUCACCCCUUCCAGCAGCGUUGCGCUCAGUCUGCAUACUCAAACGGGAAGCUGCGGAGUGAAGCUCCAGUGUUCCUCCUCUUUCUGGACUGUGUGUGGCAAAUCCUGCGUCAGUUCCCCUGUUCCUUCCAGUUCAACGAGAAAUUCCUCGUCAUCCUCUUCGAACAUGCCUAUGCCUCACAGUUCGGCACUUUCCUUGGAAACCGUGUGGCUGAGAGGGUGAAGCUGCAGCUGUCUCGGAAGACUGUUUCUCUGUGGUCGUGGGUGAACAGACCUCAGGAGCUCGAGAGAUUUCACAACCCACUGUACGAGCCCAACAGCCUUGUCAUCUGGCCGUCUGUGGCACCUCAGAGUCUUCUGCUGUGGGAGGGGGUAUUUCUUCGCUGGAAUCGUUCCACCAAGUGUUUGGAUGAGGCUUAUCAGGAGAUGGUCCAUAUUAUAGAGUACAACAAGGAGCUGCAGAACAAAGUGAACAGCCUACGGAGGCAGCUGGCCGAGCUUGAGACCGAGGACACCCCACUGCAGACACCGUAGGACAUGCCAACACAUCAUGCUAAGAGAUUUCAACACUCCUGAUUUUUCGUGUCUGUUCCACUGAAAAGGGGCUGUCCCAUAGUGUACAUUUUGAAUAUACACACACAUACACACACAUGCUCCUCUUACUUAUCCUGCCCAUUUUUCCCUUUUCCUAUUCCAUUGCUCAACUUUAUUCACAUUAAUAAGUUAACUUAGCCUUCAACAGGCAUUAGUUAUGGAUUUGACUAUAUUGUCACUAUAUUCGCUUCUGUCUUAGUAUGUCAUUGUGGUUAAAUAUUUUCACUCAAACACUAUGCCAACUUUGUGUACUCAUCUUACUGACAUUGUUUACUGUCAAGAUAGCUGAUUGGCUGAGAGGGUUCGGACCAGAUCUGGAUGUCAUUUCAGUACAGACUUUAUUUAGAAAUUGUGUGCUGCCGUUUACACGUUCUCAGAGAAAAGGGAUUACUCAUGAGCCAUAGUUUAUUUUAAGCCCUGCGCCACAAAGUGCAAUGGACAAUGUCGCUAUAAAGCAAUAGCGGUUUUAAAAGGGAAUGAAUUUGGAAUUGACAGUGGCAUGAUAGAACAGUCCUCUGAGUCUUACAUAAUCUUACUAUUUCCAAAGAGAUCAUAUGAAUAAGAAACUGCAUAAUUAAUACUUGAUUGUUUAACACAAGAAAAUAUCUUUUGUGCACUGGUUAGAUUCGUAGUUGUUAAAGUAUUUGAAACAUUGUUACUAAUUUUCAUUAAAAGUAUUGUUUUACGGUGUGUUCUUUUAUCUUACCCCCUUUAACAUUAUUAUUUAUUGUUCUCCCGUUAGGUAAAGUAAGUCAAGUCCGGCCUCAAUCAUAAGGAUUUCAAAUACUCGCAAUUUGGUCCUUCAAGGAGUAGCCACACCCAUACAUGAAUAAUUAUUACUUUGCAUCUUGCCCAAUGCCGUAAAUUAAUAACAAUCUUCCAACCAGUCCAUUACUUUUUAGACACUGGUUAAGAAAUAAGCAAAAAUAAGAGACAAUCUUCAUGCACUUAUUUUGACUCAUUAGCCUUAAUUCUCAAGUUCCUGUGUGGCACACAAACUUUGUUCAUUUUAUCAAACUUUACCUACAAUAUGCAGUACAUAUACAUUUGUCCAUAGUCAUCCUUCAGUUUACUGGCGUGUAAAACAGCAGUUCUGGUGGGCCAAUUAUUAAAUUCUCCAGAAAACUGUUUCUCCUCUGCAUGCCUAGACAAGCUUGUCAAAAGGCAAACAAGGAGAUUUAGCUUCAAAGUCUUGCACCUUAAAAAUCUCUGCCGUCUGACACUUCCUUGAAUCUCUCUGAUGCGGAGAUAAAAUCUAGGGUGAUGAGGAAAGACACUUUCAAAAUCAAACACCCUAUAAUUUCAACCAGUAUUUAAACUUCUAUAUCGUAGUCCAGAUCGUGCAGUUUAUUCUCUAGUAAACUUUGCAAAUCUUAAAUUCCAUUCUUCCUCUGGGUCGAAUAUUUUUAACAAUUCAUUUUUUGUAGUUAUUUUUGUACAAAUGAUUGUACAUUAUUUUCAAAAAUGAAUCUUUGCAUCCUUGGUAGUAAUAAUUUCCCAUCCUUAGUCCUCAACAUUUCUAAAUAAACAAUUUGUUUUAUAACGUUUUAUUUUACACACAUCUUACGUUCUGCUGUCAUGGGCACUCCAUCUUCAAUUGCCAUAACAUGAAAAGUAAAUAGUCAACAACAUACUUUUUCCCUCAAUCAAUAUGUUUUAAUUCAUCUUUUAAUUUAUUAUAACACUUUCUUUUUGUUUAGAGUUUAAGUACUGGAUAUUAUACCAUUUACUGAACAUUUAUUGUCUGUUGUUAGAAUGUUCCUCCUGUUUAUAUGUGACCUUAAAACCGGUGAGCUCUGAGUAGUGGGCUGUGCUUGGAACUGACUCAUGUUAAUCUGUAAACCGUUUCACUUCAGAAUGAAAGCCCCACAAAUUCUGUCCUCCAUGCAUAAUGAUUUUUACAAAACUCCUGUACUUUUUUUAAACAAACAUAUUUUUUCUCACUUUUUAUCAGAAAUGUUUUUUUCUAUUGUUGCGUUUUAGACUAUCAAUUCGUAGUUAUAAUUGCUUUCGUUUAUUUCUGUAUAAGAUUCAAUUAAAUUCCAAUUUCAAAAGUUCAAAGGACUUAUAUGACACUGUGCUCUAUGUGUUUGCAAAAUUUCACAACUUUUCUCACCUUCUAUUGCUUCUUCCAUGGCAGAAGAAUAAUAAGAAAUAACAGAUACAAUAACAACAGAUAAAAUAGGUAAAUGUAUUCCAUCCAAACUGUAAAAUGGCAAUGUAAACAUCCACAUGUCAGUGUACUACAAACCGUAAAGAGACAGAUAAAUGUUAAAGGCAUCCAUACUCCUUAAUUUUUUGGUGGUUCCAUAGGACUUUCAGGUCCAUCGAUUGAGUGUGAGGUGCUGCAAAGAACUUGAGAUACUCUGUUUGGAAUUGUCUUUCUGUUUGGGCCUUGGCCAUGUAACUUUAGCUUAAACGGGAGGACUUCUUGCGAAAGAACCGCUUUUUGUGGUUAACUGCUGGUGCUGAAGUUGUUGCUAAAGCUUCUGUUUUUCUAUCAGUUGCUGUUUUAAGUGUUUGAAGCCUGCACAACCUUGCAAGCCCUCACCCCGCCCAUCAUUUUCAUCGAUAUCUAACAUCUUAUUGACUUCACUGUGACAGGGAAUAUUGGGCUUUCUGCAGUGUAGUUUUGAGCUUCUUUAAAAUUUAUUUUUGCUUUGCCUGCUUGAAAGCAGAACACGUUUAAUUUUUCUAUAUAAGAAAGAAAGAAGAAAAAGCCAUUAUUAUAUAAUAGGGAUGGGCAUUUCAAGCAAAAAUAAUAUUCGAUAACCGCACCCAUAUAGGCUGCACGCAAGCGUGUUUAUAGGCUACACACACACAUGGAAAGAGAGAGACCAGUAACGCUUUCAAUCUAUAUGAUGACAAACGCGCUGAAAAUAUAUUAAUAUAAUAAACGGAACAUGACGGAAGGUAUUACGAACAGCCUGAAUGAAGGCACAGUGUCAGCUGGUCGGAAGCAUAACUUUAGCGAUCAUCUUAUGAUGAGGGCUGGAAUUUGCUUGUGCAUCUAGCAUUCAACUUUGUUGAUGUGAUCGUGAAACUAGCCAGCGGUUGCUGCUGACCUGUGGAUGGAUCUGCUGGGUGUUUCACACUCAAAUAAAUGUGCAAUGUAGCGGUUGACCUAAUGCAAUGUUUUUGUUUAUGGUUGGUUUUGAUACUGGAUAUGGAAUGGACAUUGCUAUCAGGUGUAUAAUCAUAUAUUUUUAUUUGAUGACAUUUUGGCACUUAAUGUCAUAAUAAACUGACGUAUCAUUAACAUUUGGCACUGUAUAAUUGUCAUAAUUGUUUGUACUGUGUCAUGACCUGCUUUAAAAAUGUGUUAUUAAUAGAAUUGUAUGCAAAGUAUGUUACAUUUUGUGGGCAUUAAUAAAUCAUUUAAUGAACAGA